AUGUCAAAAGCAUCACAUGUCAUUACCGAGAAGGAGGCGGAAAAAGCAACUACUCUGGCUCAGGCAUAUCAGGGGCCAAAACGUAUUAACUACCCCCAUUUUACCAUUACAACACCCAACGAAAUGCACCAGUUUGAUAUACUCUCCAUGCUCAAUGAAAAGCUAUAUAGCAAUACGUACAAGUAUAUUCUGACGGGUAUUGACGUUGCCUCGAGGUACAAAGUAGCAAUACCCCUACGAACAAAGAAAGCUAGCGAAGUCGCAGACAUGAUCAAGGACAUCUAUAAAGCAGGGUUUUUGCACUACCCAAAGACCUUCCAAUAUGUCAAUAGUUCUGAAUUUAAGUCGGAUGUAACAAAGCUAUUGGAGGGUAAAGGGGUGGACAAUAAGAGCGCCACCACCAAGUACCACCACACGUUUACAGCCUUUGUAGAGUCCUACAACAAAGUACUUGCUGAAAGACUCUUCAAGCGUCAAGAUGCGCAAGCUUCCAACGAGACUAGUGGCAUAUGGGUUCCCUCUCAAGAUAUGUAA